AUGUCCUACUAUUUGAGCAACCCGGUGCUUCAGUUUUACUUUUCAGAGCUCGAGAAGGCUGGGCAGACUGAAUCAGCAGCAAACCAUUUCUGGGCCAACGCUCUAUCUCUAUAUUUCACGCAGGAUAAACUCUACGGAAUAGAGUUAGAACAGCGACCACUGUCAGGAGCCAUCACGAACCGCGAUGGUAUAACUAUUCUAUGCGUCAGGAGUGGCACGAGGGACACCUUCCCCACGAAAAUAGUUCUUCUAGAGGAUAAGAAAAAUGGACGCGAGGCCGAUGCAGCUACAUGGGCUGACAUCACUAAACGGCUUACGGAGUACUUGGAAUUAGUUCGUACAGAACAGGGAGAUGAGGAAACCCUCUACGGCAUUGCUGCCAUAGGGUCAUGUCUGCGUUUCUAUUACUUAGUUCCACAUGGACAGGCAUUACAGGACUAUCCCACAGAGAACACCGGGGGUUCCUACGAUCUCAAGAGAGACGAAGCGGAAAAUCACAACAUCCUGACUGAACUUGCGCUCAAAGCGUCUCCUUGA